UCGUUUCUCCUGCAGCAGAGUUCGACUGCUACAAAUUUCUACAGCAGAGAAACUCUAUAGCUUCAUACAUGCCUUCCAUAAGUAUCGUUGACGCCAUGGUCUCUACCAGCCCUAAGGACAAGAAGGAGAAGAAGGCGAAGAGCCAAACCCUAAUGGAAACUCUAGCGUCGGACGCUUUGUCCGCCGGAAAGACUAAGAAAGAAUCUAAGAAGAAGGAGAGCAAGAAGCGAAAAGCUUCUGAUGUUGAGGACGAGGAGGAGAAAAGUGAGACAAGCUCUGAACUCUUCGAGCCGGCGAAUUCGAAGGUGAAGAACGGAGAGGUUGAAAGUGCAAAGAAGAAGAAGAAGAAGGCCAAGGUGGAAGAAGAGAUGGGUGAGGAGGAUGGCGAAGCAAUCGUUGAGGAGCAUCCUAAUGCGAUCUCGAAGUAUAGGAUAUCGGAGCCUUUGAAGGCUAAGUUGAAGGAGAAGGGUAUUGAGGCACUGUUUCCCAUUCAGGCUAUGACUUUCGAUAUUGUCUUGGAUGGGUGUGACUUGGUUGGCCGCGCUCGCACUGGACAGGGUAAGACUUUGGCAUUUGUGUUGCCCAUCUUAGAGUCUCUAACAAAUGGGAUUGCUAAAUCAUCACGCAAGACUGGAUAUGGGAAAGCACCUAGUGUUCUUGUUCUUUUGCCCACUAGAGAGUUGGCUAGUCAGGUAUAUGCUGACUUUGAAGUUUAUGGUGGUGCUGUGGGGUUGACAGCAUGCUGUUUAUACGGGGGAUCGCCGUACCAUUCUCAGGAACUUAAACUUAGAAGAGGAGUUGAUAUAGUUAUUGGAACACCUGGCCGUGUAAAGGAUCACUUGGAGAGAAAAAAUCUUGAUUUGACCUCAUUGAAAUUUCGGGUUCUAGAUGAAGCUGAUGAAAUGUUGAGGAUGGGAUUUGUUGAAGAUGUUGAACUUAUUCUAGGCCAGGUUAAGGAUUUAACUCAAGUUCAAACCCUACUUUUCAGCGCAACAUUGCCUACUUGGGUGAAAGAAAUUGCUUCUAGGUUUCUUAAACCAAGUAAGAAAACUGCAGAUCUUGUUGGUAACGAAAAGAUGAAGGCUAGCACAAAUGUAAGACAUAUUGUUAUCCCGUGUUCAAGUAAUGCCAGAUCCCAACUUAUUCCAGAUAUCAUUCGGUGUUAUAGCAGUGCGGGACGCACAAUUAUAUUUACUGAGACAAAAGAUUCUGCUUCUGAGCUUGCUGGGUUGCUACCCGGUGCACGAGCCUUGCAUGGAGACAUACAACAAGCUCAGCGUGAGAUCACACUAUCUGGUUUCAGGUCAGGCAAGUUCAUGACAUUGGUGGCCACAAAUGUUGCUGCUAGGGGAUUGGAUAUUAAUGAUGUUCAAUUGAUCAUUCAGUGUGAGCCUCCACGUGAUGUUGAAGCUUAUAUCCAUCGAUCUGGACGCACAGGAAGAGCAGGAAAUUCUGGUGUAGCUGUAAUGCUUUAUGAUCCAAGGAGGUCAACUUUUUCUAAAAUUGAAAGAGAAUCUGGUGUUAAGUUUGAACAUAUAUCUGCUCCUCAGCCAGCAGAUGUUGCCAAAGCUGCAGGUGUUGAAGCAGCAGAAAUAAUAAAUCAAAUCUCGGAUAGUGUAAUCCCUGCUUUUAAGGCUGCUGCUGAGGAUCUAUUAAACACUUCUGGUCUAUCUGCUGUUGAACUUCUGGCCAAAGCACUUGCAAAAGCUGCUGGUUAUUCUGAGAUAAAGAGUAGAUCACUUCUGACAUCUAUGGAGAACUGUGUAACGGUACUUCUGGAGGCUGGGAAACCCAUCUACACGCCAUCUUUUGCUUAUGGGGUCUUGAGAAGAUUUUUGCCUGAGGAGAAGGUUGAGGCCAUCAAGGGUUUGACGCUCACCGCGGAUGGUUUGGGUGCAGUGUUUGAUGUGGCAGCUGAAGAUUUAGAUUUGUUUCUUGCUGGUCAAGAAAAUGCUGCUAAUGUGAGGUUAGAAGUGGUGAAAGCAUUGCCACCUUUGCAAGAAAAGGAGUCAAGAGGAAGAUUUGGUGGUGGUGGUGGUGGUGGUGGCAGAUUCUCCUUUGGAAGAGGUGGUAGGAACGGUGGUUUCUCCGAUCGAAGAAAUGAUAGAUUUUCAGGCCGUGGCCGAGGCAGCAAAAGGUGGUGAAGGGCUUGUGAGGACAAGAGCACAGUUAUGAGGGGCAUGAAAUGCUAGUUUUAGCGGGAGGCAGAAGUGAUAAUGAAGAUACAGGGGCCUUGUCAACAGAAUCCCUUGGCAAGAUCCGAUUUAUUUUUUUGGUUCUCUUUAUAUUUAUUAUUUUUCAUUUUUCAUUUUUUAUGCUUUUUUAAUUUUUUUUUAAUUCAAGUUUGUCAAUUUAUGAAUUUUGAUGGGGAUUUUUGCUGGUGUUGUCCCCACAAUCUAUCAACUAUCACUGAAAAUCUGAAUUCACACUAUAAUAUUGAUUCUUGUGUAAUCCUGAAAAGAAAAAAAAAAGGAGCAUUUUCGUGUUUUUAUAUAGUUAAGCUGUGCGUUCUCUUAA